AUGGCGACGGAACGCUCUCUGGCUACGCUGCUGCGGUCGCUGCAGGCGACUUCUAGCUUCCAGGAUGCUGCUGGUCUUCUUCCUACAGUUACCAGCUUCCUGUCUAUGCUAGGGAAUCCCUUGAAUUUGACUCUACUCGCCUCUCAACUUCUUACCGCUCCCUCGCUCUGGAGUCAGCCCGUUGACCUCCAUGCUUGCCGCAAGAUCCUUAGCGUCUUCAAUACUGCUGCUAUUGCUGUCUUGCAGAAUGAUACUACCGAUGAGCCGCGGAUACCAUAUGGAAGGAAUCGCAAAAUUGAGUGCGAUGCUUGGGUGAAGGCCAUUGCGGAGGGCGCUGAUGACAAGUCCCCGCGAUGGCGGCAUACACUCCUGCUGGGUGGUAUCCUGAUGGGAUUCGAGGGGCAGAAUCGUCAGGGUCUGCCGCGGCAUAUUCGAAUCAAACUUGAGUCUGCGCUCGCUACUGCGGCACAACUAGCGUUGGAGGAACUGAGUCCCGAGGCUGGUAUCGAUGCGCAGUGUAUCACCAUGGUGUUGAAUUACACAUUCGAGCUCUUAUCGGAUCUUGAGAGAAGCAAGAUUGAUUAUGAUCGCUUACUUCCCGCCAUGCUUCAAUCGGCAUACUUGUCCCCGGAGGGUCUCGAGGGUGGAUAUUUCUUGGGAUCUAUUGAUCAAGAUAUCGUCGAGGCUCCCGGAAAACAGUUUCGAUGGUCGGCAGACUCCCCUACAUUUGCUAUUGUAACUGCAAUAGCUGCGCGUCCGCUUGUCUCGACUUUAGGUCCUCUGUCACGUCUCAUUGCACAUUCAAUUGAUAAUGCGCGCGAUCCAAGGAUCGUUGCCCGUACAGUUGAUCAACUGGCCGACUUUGUUCGGACCCUGAUGGUACAAUGGCGACAAAACAAGUUGUCCGAGAUUGAUGUUGCAGAGGAAGUUGAGUUCCUCGAUGCCGAAUCGCGCGAAAAAACACUUCCUGCGCUUUGGCAAAUGUUGCGGAAUUGCUUAUACUCGGUGGUUAUCGCCCUCAGGGCCGUCCUAGGAAGAACCAUCAAUGAUCCGGCUCUUGCUGCCAACAGUAGUGCUCCGUAUCUGUCGAUGCAAGCUCUUCAUACCCUUCGCAACAUGUACUUCAUCUCUUCUCGGAUCGGUCAGAAUGCCUCAUCGCAGCAGACCUUUGUACUGCUGGCAGCCAUCGACAUCCUUUCACAAUACCCCGAUCUUGCUGAGAACUUCUUGCGAAGUAUAAAGCCCAGCGAGAUUGGACAGAUCCCGGCUCAUCCAGUCGAACGAUGUCUGGAUCUUUUCUUCUUGAAUGCUGCGGAGCAUUUCCCUCUUGUUCUAUCUCCCGGGACAAAUGAAGAGCUACUCCUAUCGGCGGCAUUCCCAUACCUCACAGCCGGUGCCAACAACCUUCUGCUGGAGAUUUUCGAAGCUGCUCACAGCCUGGUGCUUGUCGUCUUCGCCAUUCCCCAUAACUCGGAACUAGCAGCCAAGCACCUCCCCUUUUAUAUUGAUAAUUUAUUUGCCGUCUUCCCCAACAACCUUUCUGCACGCCAAUUCCGUCUCGCUUUCAAAACCGUCAUCCAAAUCACAGCACCUCCCUCACCUUUAGCGAAUAGCCAACCCCUCCUGCCUUCCGUCCUGCUCGAAGUGGUUCAUAACCGCGCGUUAAAUGCUUCCUCCACACCCAUCCCGGCCCAAGGACCAAAUCCCGACUUGAGUCAAAGCCCACCUCUCUCUGAACAAGCUGUCCUCACUUUGGCUCUUCUUGAUUCUCUUUCAUUCCUCCGAGUCGACGAUCUUAAGGAGUGGCUGCCCCUGGCGGCACAACUGAUCAAUGCAAUUUCUGACCGCAAUAUGCGCCACACUUGCAUCGAUCGGUUCUGGGAAGCUCUCGCCGGCGGCGAGAUGGACGUUGACCGUGCUCACUGCUGUGUCACUUGGUGGAGCACGGAGGGUGGGCGUGAGCUUGUCCUCUUUGGAGCCGAGACCGCCGGUGACUCAGAUGACAGUGGACCUUAUAUGAGUGGUGCAGUCGGUGGUGUUGCACCCGAGAGUAAGCUAUAA